GCUGAGGGACGCCGGCUCCGCCGCCGCUUCCUGCCUGCCUGCCGCCGCCCGUCAUGCUGCGGCUCCUGCUCCCGCUGGCCGGCUUGGCGGCGCUCCUCCGGGCGGCGGGGGAAGAGGUGCAGGCUGAAGAGAUGAGGAUGGGAUGCAGAGAAAAGAACCACUGCAGGGGCAAAGAAAGGAUACCAAGAGGGAUUUUUGGAAGGAGCAGAAGAAAAUGAGCGAAUAUACCCCAGAGGAGUUUUGGCAUUGAUUAUGACUGUGACUGCUUUGUCAAGGAUGGGAGACCUUUCCGUUACAUCUCAGGUAGCAUUCACUACUCACGGGUGCCCCGGUAUUACUGGAGAGACCGCUUGUUGAAGAUGAAGAUGGCAGGACUUGAUGCCAUUCAAACAUUUUUCUCAAAUUUGUUCUCUCUGGAACAGUAGCAACAGUUCUCUUGGAGGGAUUGCAAACCUAUGUGCAAAAAGGUAUGUGCCGUGGAACUACCAUGAACCCCAGCUGGGCAUGUAUGAUUUUUCUGGUGACAAAGAUCUAGAGUAUUUUCUGCAGCUUGCUAACGACACUGGUUUGCUUGUUAUCCUGAGAGCUGGACCUUACAUCUGUGCAGAGUGGGACAUGGGAGGUCUUCCUGCAUGGCUGUUGGAGAAGACAUCUAUUGUUCUCAGGUCUUCAGAUUCAGAUUACCUGGCAGCAGUAGAGAAAUGGAUGGGUGUCCUUUUGCCAAAGAUGAGGCCUCACCUCUAUCAAAAUGGAGGUCCAAUCAUCAUGGUGCAGGUAGAAAAUGAGUAUGGAAGCUACUUCGCUUGCGACUAUGACUAUCUCCGUUCCCUUCUGAAGCUCUUUCGCCAGCAUCUCGGGGAUGAGGUGGUGCUGUUCACAACUGAUGGUGCAAGCCGGUUUCACUUGAGAUGCGGAGCUCUUCAGGGCCUUUACGCAACAGUGGAUUUUGCCCCAGGUGGCAAUGUCACAGCAGCAUUCUUAGCUCAAAGGGGCAGUGAACCUACAGGCCCUUUGGUUAAUUCUGAGUUUUAUACUGGAUGGUUGGAUCACUGGGGGCACCGUCACUCUGUUGUGCCUACACAAACUAUAGCUAAAACACUUAAUGAAAUCCUGGCACGAGGUGCUAACGUUAACCUGUACAUGUUUAUAGGUGGGACUAACUUUGCCUAUUGGAAUGGUGCUAAUAUGCCCUAUAUGCCACAGCCCACUAGUUAUGACUAUGAUGCUCCACUGAGUGAAGCGGGGGAUCUGACAGAAAAAUAUUUUGCCUUGAGAGAAGUCAUUGGUAUGUAUAAGCAGUUACCAGAAGGUCUUAUCCCUCCGACAACACCCAAAUUUGCAUACGGGAAGGUUCGCUUGCAGAAGGUGGGCACUGUGGUGGAGAUUCUUGACAGGUUGUCACCUGUGGGACCAGUGAAAAGCACUUACCCAUUAACCUUUGUUCAGCUAAAGCAGUAUUUUGGGUUUGUAUUGUACAGAACUAAGCUUCCAAAAAACUGUACGGAGCCAACACAACUGUCUUCACCUUUAAACGGAGUUCAUGACCGUGCCUAUGUCUCUGUCGAUGGGGCUCCUCAAGGUGUCCUUGAAAGGGACAAAUCACUUAUGAUAAAUAUAACUGGGAAGGCUGGAGCAAAUCUGGACAUCUUGGUAGAGAAUAUGGGCCGAGUCAACUUUGGUAGAUACAAUAAUGACUUUAAGGGUCUAGUUUCAAAUUUAACUCUUGAUCAAGAUACACUUGUUGAAUGGGAAAUCUAUCCUCUAGACAUAGAUGGAGCAGUGAACCAUGACAUUAAUGGCCACCUUGACCGACCAAAGAGAUCUGUUGGCAAUCCACUGAGUUAUGAAGCACCUACUCUUUACACUGGUAGACUUUCAAUUCCUGAAGGGAUUCCAGACUUGCCUCAAGACACCUAUGUCAAGUUUCCUGGCUGGACAAAGGGGCAAAUUUGGAUCAAUGGCUUUAAUCUGGGUCGCUACUGGCCGGCCCGUGGUCCUCAGUUGACCCUUUUUGUUCCAAGGAAUAUACUUGUUUCAUCGGUGUCAAACAACAUAACAGUGUUGGAGCUGGAGCAUUCUCCUUGCAGCACCCAGGCAUGCGAGAUAGAAUUUGUAGACAAACCGAAUAUCAAUGCAACCACACAGUAUGAAAAUGAUGCCCCUCAACUCUUUGUUAGAGACAUAUGGCUGAACCAUCUAUAAUGAUUUGACUGUUUCCUUAUCUUCCCCCACUUUGCUUCCCUUUCCCUCAAACCACACUUCCCCUUUUUAAAGAUUCAAUGUUAAUCAGUAAGUUUAGCUGAGCCAACUUUUUAAAUCCUUCAAAGACUUUUUAUUUAAAAUCUGCCAUAGUUAAAUACGGAAAUUCUCUUAAAAAAUAAAAGCCGUCACUUUAGAAUUUGCCUUGGACUGUGAAAUUGAACUCAACUGGAAGAUAACGUUUGCAUCAGUUUAGUAAAAAUGUAGUCCUUGUAGGCUACUUAGACUACAUGAACCCUCUUAUGCUUUUCUUUUUUAACAUGUUUUGCAACUGGAGAGGAGCCUACAAAAGGGGUGCACAGUCCCACUAGCUUGCUGUUUACUCUUGUGGACUGGUAGGUCAGAGCUGCCAAUAGAGUAGACGCUUUCAGCUGAUUUUAUCAUCUGGUUAAUGGUCUGAAGGGGCUUGCUGCCAACAUUGAGCAGAUCUCUUUUUUUUUUUUUUUUUGUGGCUGUUUGGUUUUGGGUUUGGUUGGUUGUUUUUUUUUUCUUUUUACCAUCUCUGUGCAAGUGACCUUGGAAAAAUUUCCAUCGGUUUCUCACAGGAGCAGUGGGAAGAACUGUGGAAGAGAGCGCUCAAAUGUAAGUUGAUCCAAACAGCAGUAAUGUGGAGGGACCUUGUAGUCUGCAUCUGUCCCUUCUUGGAAAGCCAAUUUAAUGCUUCCUUUCUGCUGUCUCUGAAGACUUUAAGUAAAUUGAUAAGUACAAGCACAUAAUGUAAAAUUUUGGCUAUUUUCGUUGGACCAUAGCCUCUGAUUAACCUGCCUGCAGGAUGUAGUCUUAAAAUAAGCCAUUUUUCCUUUUAAUGGAUCCUUUUUCUUUUUGUUGGUGUUUCUUUUUCUUGUUGGUGGUUGUUUUUCUUUUUCUUGUUGGUGUGGUUUUUUUCUUUUUUAACUCUAAUGGGCCUGGAGUACCUGUUUUUCAUAGGUCAGCGCACCUUCGAAUUGGAAGGCUUUAAGUUAAAGAAUUUUAAUUCUCUUUGAUUCAGUAAUUCACACCUCCUGUUUUGUUCCAGUAAACUGAUGAUCUGUGUAAGUGCCUGAUACUCGCAAUGAUGUGCAAUCUCUGUCAGUAAAGCUGACUUUAUACGACAAACUGAAUCUUUCGAUUCUUAUGGGUUUUAUGUCAGUCAUGCAAACUCCGUGGUGAGAUUUAACAACAAAAGCUUGAGAUGAUGGAAUCAAGUAUUUUCAUAAUCUGUGGUUUCUUACUUUGAUUUUUGUCUGACAUUAUUAAAAUGGUUCUUUAAAGAUUAAA